AUGACGUAUUCAAAUGAGUACAUGAAGAACUAUAAGAAGAUUGCUCCAUUCAACGUGUAUCUUGUGGAUGACGGCGUUGUACAAGCAAAUGGAACAGGCGAUAUUGUCAUGUCAAUGAAGACGCCGCGUGGGAUGAAGAAAGGAGUGCUUACCUCUGUCUGGCACAUUCCUAAGCUAUCACGCAACUUAUUUUCCGCUAGACGUUCUACUAAGGACGUUGGUCCAGUAACCUUUGAGCGCGACGGUUGUUUCGCUGAGGUCAAAGGUCUUCGAUGGAAGCUUGGUGAACGUGAAGGCAAGGGAUUAUUUCGUCUUUGCAUGAAGCCUAUUAUACCUGACGAGGCCAACGUGACAAGAUCGUUGGGAUGCCAUGAGGACACCACUUCGCCGGACCUCGCCGCUGCUGUGGGAGUUCUUAGCCAAUUUGCGACAGAUCCGUGCCCUACACAUUGGCAAGCACUCAAGCGUGUGUUACGUUACAUUCAAGGCACCAAGACUUUCGGUAUCAAAUUUCAGGCAACAAGUGAAGAAGGACUUCAAGGCUAUUCGGAUGCGGAUUGGGCUGGUGAUAUCGAGACUCGACGCAGUACAAGUGGCUACGCGUUUAUGAUGAACGGUGGAUGCAUAAGCUGGAAAAGCAAGAAACAACGCACGGUAGCACUGUCAUCAACAGAAGCGGAGUACAUGGCGUUAACAGAGGCAACACAAGAAGCGAUUUGGCUCAAGACGUUCCUAUGCGAGCUUGGCGAAAUGAGAGACGAGGAUCCGGUCAAGAUUUUUGAAGACAACCAAGGCUCACUUGCACUGGCCAAGAAUCCCAAGUUUCAUAAACGAACCAAGCACAUCGACAUACGUUACCACUUUGUACGUGAGAAGGUCGAAGGAGGUCAAGUGAUAUUGCAGUACUGCUCUAUCAAAGACAUGAAGGCCGACAUGAUAACUAAGCCGAUCACUGCGGCUCAGUUUGACUUUCUUCCUUGUGAACGGCUUCCGUUUUAUACGGAAACGUGCGUUGAUCGAGUCGAAAAUCUGUGGUACCAGCUAUUACAUCUUGUCCAGUGCUUAGAUGCUGAGCCAGCGCCACUUAGUGUGGUUCAACUCUUUUAUCUACAGCGUUAUAUUCGUGCCAUCUGUCGUCGAUGUCCUCGAAUAGCCCUUCAGACCAUUUGGCACGUCCAGGCAUCUGUAGGUGAUGGAAAUGACCACAAUUUACACCCACAUACGCUUCUUGCGCUGUUGGGGUUUAUUUAUCCAAAUACGACUCUUCCAGAAAGCUCAAGGGUGUUUAGCAUCUGGAAAGAUUUGGUGUUUGCAGAUUGUCCAGAACAUCAACUUGCUCAGAUUUUGGCUGAUUUGCGCGAGAUCAACUCUCAGAUGGAAAGAAUGAUUUUGCUAGAACCUGAUUCGAUGAUUGAGCGGUGGCUCAAUGCCAGAAGUGUGCCCGAAUUUAAAGAUUGUGCGGCAGAAUUAAUGGCAUCCGGAAUUGAAUUGUGCGAAUUUCAGUCCAAUAUUUUAUACGAUUCACUAGACAUUGAAACGGAUAUUCUUGGGGACGAGUCUUCCGGGUCAGCAAUCGAGUCGCUCGUGCUGGAACAAGUGAGUUUUGUGCAGUCAUUAGCAGCUAUAAGUGAACGUUUACGGCAUGUUCAACCCAUCACCGACCGCAGCAAGUAUCUAGCUGGAGAGCUGGAAACGCUUAACAAUACGUUGCAAUCGUCCGCCCUGUAUCCGCUAAGUGCAGCAUCUGAUGAACUGUAUCAAGUGGUGCGCAUUCCUCCAACCGAAGGUAAAGUCUUUUCAACCAAAAUGCGAGCUCCGACUUUAAUUUUUGUCGAGACUGUACCAGUCCGACGUAGUGGAUCACUUGGUACCCAUGACCCUAAAGCAGAUCAUUUGCGUCCGUUUGUGUUUAGUUCUCAGCCUCGUAACUCAACGUUCUUUGAGUCAGCAAGAUCAGACGACAUAGAGACGUCGGCUGUGUGCUCAGGUGGAGACGGCAUGUUGUCACCAUAUAUGAAGUCGACACUAAUUCCCCCUACGCCUGGUAGCAGUGCAGACGGACCAACCACCUGUUCAGAUAAUUCCUACUCAGCAAGAGACAAAUGCUCCGCUUGCGAUCUGGACGAAGAUGUUCGUCAACAAGACUCCUUGUUGUCCAGAAAUGCUAGACGUCACACGGGUGUGAUGCCCCAAUCAAGUCGUGGUAUCAAGAUGGGUACCGGAGCUCGCACGAGACGUCUGGGGGGUGAAAACUUUGUGUACAAUAGCAAAGUAUUUGGAGAGAGUUGGGAGGACCGCAAAGCUCGAAUUCAGCACGAGUCCCCUAUGGGUAAAUUGCCUGGUUGGAAUCUCUUUUCUGUCAUUGUAAAGACGAAUGACGAUUUACGCCAAGAAGUGUUCACUAUGCAGCUAAUUCACAAGCUGCAGUCUAUUUUCGAGUUUGAAGCGCCUCAUUUGUGGUUACGCACGUAUCGGAUAGUAGCUACAGGUGCUAAUAUCGGAUUAUUGGAGACAAUCACUGAUGCCUGCUCUCUGGAUCACCUCAAAAAGACUUUUCCUGGUGGUAACUUAUUGCAAUACUUUCGUAGUGUAUACGGAGAUCCUUCAAGUGCUGAUUUCCUUGCUGCUCAACGUCGUUUUAUCGAAAGUAUGGCCGCUUACUCACUCGUCAGCUACGUUUUGCUACUUAAGGACCGGCAUAAUGGCAAUAUAUUGCUAAGCUCUGAAGGUCGUAUCAUUCACAUUGAUUUCGGCUUUAUUCUUGGCAUUGCACCGGGUGGUAUCUUUAGUUUAGAAGAUGCGCCAUUCAAACUGACAAAAGAGAUGGUGGAUGUAAUGGGAGGUCUGUCUUCUCCUGGGUACUUAUAUUUCCGUCGCUGUCUAUAUGAGGGCAUUUUAGUACUUCAAAAGUACGAAGCGGAGAUCGUUGCGUUAUUGCAAACUACUGGCCAACACUCGCCAUUCCCGUGCUUUCACGGCACUAAACUGACGCGUGUUAUCUCCAGUUUACGCUCGCGGCUAUGCGUAGGCCUGUCGCGACGAGGGACGCAGAUUUGUGUCGACUAUUUGUUGCGCAAAAGCUACAAUUCGUGGGGAACACGGAAAUACGACUCGUUUCAAUUUCGUAGCAACAACAUUUACAUGUAG